UGGUGAAUCACUGAAUCUUUCAUGCUGGUCCCCCUUUCUCAUAUCAAUGAAUUUCACGUUUGAAAUUCUCUCUCUUCAAUUUCUAGCUAAGAUUCUCAAUCACAACUCCAAAAAUAUUUGCUUCAACUCUUCCGUUCUAAAAUUGUCAGCGAUUUCCAACCUCAAACUCCAUGAAUGUUCCCAUUCUCUUGGGUCCACUUUCCAUAUUCCACAAUCCAAUUAACCACUAGAUUUUCAUGCUUAUUCUUCUUUUUAUAUAUAUAUUGGUUGGUUCCUCCUCUGCUCCUUCACUUCCAUGACAAAAUUACAAAAGUCCUCAUCUUUUGCAAAAUCCCUAUCUGGGUUUUUCCCAUCACUCAGUUAUAGCAUUGUGCAUGCACCAUUUUCUCUCAAAAAGUUGUGUUGAUUGAUUACUUUUCUUUCUGAUGAUGGCAUCAUUGGGAUCUUUGCCAUUUGUAUUGGAAACUAAUGUUGAGUCUCUGGUGCUGCUUGACACAAGAAGCAGCUAUCAUUCUCCCCGGUUUCUGGUUUGUGGCAUAAAGGGUUCAUGUUUUGGGCAUUCUGAAAGGUUGGGGUUGUGUUGGUGCAAGAGGGUGUUAUGGAGGAGUAAGAAAGUAAGACCAAUAGCUUGCAAGAGUUUUGGGAAAGAUGAGUAUGAAGAUGGAUCAAAGGAUGUGGUGCAUGCCACUAUUGAAAAGAGGAAGAAGGUUCUUGCUUUGCAAAGGGACCUACUUCAACAGAUUUCAGAAAGAAAGAAACUAAUUUCUUCCAUAGACAGUGACAAUAUUAGUAAACCAGAAGGGGGCAGUAUUUCCUAUGAACAUGGCACCAAUGGCAGAAGCCAUUCUUUUGAGAACCAAAAUGGUAACAUUCUAGGCAUUUAUGGAGGCUUUGAUGAAUCUAACCAGGAUGUUAGAGUCCCGCCUCCUGAACCGGCUUCGUUGAGGCUGGAUUCACUACCAGCCUUCUUUACAAAUGGAACUGAGAACUCAAGUCUGAAGGUUAAGAAUCAUGAUGGUGUUAUUGAAUCAAGUUUGAAGAAUAUCACUAAUGAAUCUAAUGAGAUUGGGAGUGAAGGUGAAAUAACGCAACCUUUGGCUGGGACCAAUGUGAUGAAUGUUAUAGUAGUUGCAGCAGAAUGUGCUCCCUGGUCAAAAACAGGUGGACUUGGAGAUGUUGUUGGUUCAUUACCAAAGGCUUUAGCUAAGCGUGGACAUAGGGUCAUGGUAGUUGCGCCUCGGUAUGGUAACUAUAUCGAACCCCAAGAUACAGGAGUACGAAAAACAUACAGAGUGGAUGGUCAUGAUAUGGAAGUAAGAUAUUUCCAGGCCUACAUUGAUGGUGUAGACUUUGUUUUCAUUGAAAGUCCAAUGUUUCACAAUCUGGAGCAUAACAUAUAUGCAGGAAGCAGAUUGGAUAUUCUAAAGCGCAUGAUACUGUUUUGCAAGGCAGCUGUUGAGGUUCCGUGGCACGUUCCAUGUGGUGGUGUUUGCUAUGGAGAUGGAAACUUGGCUUUCAUAGCAAACGAUUGGCAUACUUCAUUGCUGCCAGUGUAUCUUAAGGCAUACUAUCGUGACCAGGGUUUGAUGAAGUACACAAGAUCAGUUCUCGUUAUUCAUAACAUAGCUCACCAGGGUCGGGGUCCUGUUGAUGAUUUCUUCUAUGUUGAUUUAGCUGAACACUACACAGACCUUUUUAAACUAUAUGACCCCAUUGGAGGUGACCACUUCAACAUUUUUGCAGCUGGUUUAAAGAGCGCAGACUGUGUUGUCACGGUUAGCCAUGGGUAUUCAUGGGAGCUUAAAACUUCUGAAGGUGGUUGGGGUUUGCAUGGGAUCAUCAAUGACAAUGGAUGGAAACUGCGGGGAAUCGUGAAUGGAAUUGAUAACAAAGAUUGGAACCCUAAGUUUGAUGUUCACUUGAAAUCGGAUGGCUACAUCAACUACUCCCUCGAGACACUGCAUACUGGAAAGCCUCAAUGUAAAGCCGCAUUGCAAAAGGAGCUCGGUUUGCCUGUUCGCGAGGACAUUCCGGUAAUCGGUUUUAUCGGAAGGUUGGAUCCGCAGAAAGGCAUUGAUCUCAUAGCCGAAGCGGUUCCUUGGAUGAUGGGUCAGGAUGUGCAACUAAUCAUGUUGGGAUCUGGAAGACCGGAUUUGGAACAAAUGCUCCGGAAUUUCGAGAAUCAACACAAUGACAAGAUCCGCAGUUGGGUUGGUUUUUCCGUGAAGACUGCUCAUAGAAUAACUGCAGGAGCAGACAUAUUGCUCAUGCCAUCAAGAUUUGAGCCAUGUGGAUUGAACCAACUCUAUGCCAUGGCUUAUGGAACAGUUCCUGUUGUGCAUGCUGUUGGAGGAUUGAGGGACACAGUGAAGCCUUUUGAUCCCUUCAAUGAAACAGGACUUGGAUGGACAUUUGAAAGUGCAGAAUCAGGCAAGUUGAUACAUGCAUUAGGGAACUGCUUAUUGACCUAUAGAGAGUAUAAGGAAAGCUGGGAAGGGCUUCAACGGCGAGGAAUGACGCAAGAUCUUAGUUGGGAUAACGCAGCGCAGCAGUAUGAGGAGGUGCUUCUUGCUGCCAAGUACCAGUGGUAACUUUCUGGCAUCUCUACUCUACCAGAAAGUUCUGAUCAAAAUACGAAGAUUAUCCAAGUUGAAUGGCUAUCGUGUCUUAAAUUGUUGGUUUUGGGAAGGAAAAUGCGGAAUUGUGUAUAGGAUACAGUCAAAGUCAUGAUGGAAUGGAUUAGGGUAAAAGUUUUGGUGUUCUAAGGAUUUUAUAACAAUAACACAACAAUUUCAUGUACUGUGUAAGUAUCAUACUAGUGUUUACAAGCUCAAUUUAACUUGUGUGAUAGCAAGCAAAGUUGAUUUUCAAGGUA